AUGAGAAUCGUCGCGGCUGAAGAACACUUCAGCUCAACGGCCUUCGAUGGCCAGCUCCCUGCGCAUCAUCCGGGUUUUGAAUGGCCUGUGUCGCAGUUGCGGGACCUUGGGGUAGGCCGCAUCGCCGAUAUGGACAAAUAUGGAAUCAGUACACAGGUACUCUCUCAGACAGUCUACGACGUGAAAGACAUUGAAAGAUGCCACAAAACAAACAACCAACUGUUCGAAGCUGUCAAAGCACAACCAGCGCGAUUCGCCGCUUUUGCAUGUUUACCUACCGCGCACCCGGAGAAGGCGGUGGCAGAGUUCAGACGAUGCAUCAGGGAACUCGGGUUCAAGGGAGCUCUCAUCAACAACACGGUUGACGGUGAGUUCCUUGACAACCGGAAAUACUUUCCAAUCUUCAAGGCAGCCGCGGAUCUUGGGGUUCCCAUUUAUAUCCAUCCCAGCUUCCCGAGUCCGAAGGCCCUCGACGUCCUAUUUAGCGGAGACACCAUCUCGCCAGAAGCUACCUUCAUGGUAUCCACCGGAGCCUGGGGAUGGCAUUCGGAGGUCGGUCUCACCGUAGUCAGACUCAUGUCGAUAGGGCUGUUUGACAAGCUGCCCAACCUCCAGAUCAUCAUUGGCCACGGUGGCGAGAUGGUUCCGGUCAUGAUUGGCCGCAUUGAGGAUACCCUCGGAAAGGUGAUGAAGAAGGCAGGGCAAAGAAAGGGACCGCUUCAAUGCUUGCGAGAGAACUUCUACAUUACCACGAGUGGCAUGUUCACCACGACGCCGCUCAAGACGUUGGUUGAUGUUAUGCCGAUGGACCGGAUAUGCUUCUCCGUGGACUAUCCGUAUGCGUCAAAUGAGGACGGGAAACGACUCAUUGACAGUAUUGAGUUUUUGGAUGCGGAACAGAUGAAGUUGUUUACUCAUGGGAAUCUCGACAGACUGUUGGGACUAGGUUGGACCGAAAACGCAAAGGCCAAGAUGUAA